CUCCUAAACCACCCCCCCCCCCCCCCCGGCUGUCUAGAAUCUUCUUCGAUCGUUACAAAGCAGACUCCACGCAUUCAUCUCUCUCUCACAAGCACAAGAGCAGCUACAGAUCUCAUCAAAGUAAAGUAAAAGGAAAGACAAUAUCUUCACUAUCUGUAUUUUCAAGCUUCCAUGUCAGUGAAGUCAACUCACCUCACUUGAACAAGUUUGUUAUUUUGUUCCUUUUUCGCAGGAUUUGCUUCUGUGAUUAAUGGAGGAGAUUCAAGAGCACGAAAGCCAAUCGAUUGUCAAAGAUGAUGAGGAUGAAAUAGUUGUGGAACAAGCUGCGGGUGUGCAUGGUGACCCUGUGCAACAUGGGGAUUUUCCUCCGAAAGUCGACUCCGCAGUCGAAAUCCUUCAAGAGAAAGUCACUAAGCAAAUCGUUAAGGAAGGUCAUGGUCAGAAGCCAUGCAAAUAUGCAACAUGCUUUUUGCACUACAGGGCAUGGACUGAAAGCACCCAGCACAAGUUUGAAGAUACAUGGCAUGAACAACGACCAUGUGAAAUGGUUUUAGGAAAAGAGAAGAAAGAAAUGGCUGGUUUAGCUGUUGGUGUGUCCAGUAUGAAGGCUGGUGAACGUGCCCUAUUACAUGUGGGCUGGGAACUGGGGUAUGGGAAAGAAGGAAGCUUUUCUUUCCCAAAUGUUCCUCCCAUGGCAGAUAUAAUAUAUGAAGUAGAGCUUAUUGGAUUUGAUGAAGUCAGAGAAGGGAAAGCACGUGGUGACAUGACUGCAGAAGAGAGGAUUGGUGCAGCGGAUCGAAGAAAAAUGGAUGGAAAUUCUUUAUUUAAGGACGAGAAACUUGAGGAGGCCAUGCAGCAGUAUGAAAUGGCCAUUGCAUAUUUGGGCGAUGACUUUAUGUUUCAACUGUUUGGCAAGUAUCGAGACAUGGCAUUGGCAGUUAAGAAUCCAUGUCAUCUUAACAUGGCGGCUUGCCUGAUAAAGCUUAAGCGGCAUGAAGAAGCCAUUGCACAAUGCACAAUUGUACUGGCAGAGGAUGAAAACAAUGCUAAGGCUCUGUUCAGGAGAGGAAAAGCCAGGGCAGAGCUUGGGCAGACAGAUGCUGCCCGGGAAGACUUUCUCAAGGCACGGAAACAUGCACCUGAAGACAAAGCAAUUAUGAGGGAGCUGCGCUUUCUGGAUGAGCAUGAUAAAGCUAUAUACAAGAAGCAAAAGGAGAUAUAUAAAGGAAUUUUUGGACCGCCACCACAGCCAAAGCGCAAGCCAGCUAAUGUGCUGACCCGCAUGUGGCAAUGGCUAGUCCUCAUCUGCCAAUGGCUGCUUUCACUAAUUUAUCGCCUCUUUAAGCGUGAAAGGCGCAAAGCCGAUUAGUUAUAGGUGGUCAACAUGUGAGUGAACAAUGUCUGAAACUUGGUCAACCUAAUCAAAGAGUUACAGAUGAGUUUCAAAUCCUUGCAUACCAAAGCUCUCUCUAACUAUAAUGUUGAUGUUCCAUUGAUUCAGCAUCCCCUGUGUACUUGCACGGUGGCACUUGCUAGCAUUGAUUAUUGGUGCACUGGUGCUGGUUUGUGUUCGAUGUUCAAGGUGUUUUGAUUUGCAGGUUUCCUGAAUCCAAAGUAACGAAGUAGGAGUUUCUCUUGCAACAAUUUCAAAGCCAAUGCGGGAGAGAUCGUUCUUUGAGCAAACUGAGACGUGUACUGUACAUUUCGUGGACAGCUGAGAUAGAUUCUGGAGAUCAGUCUAGCAACUGCUGGAAACUCUAGAGUGGAGUUUAAAGUUGCUGUGGAAACCAGUAAGAUGGGCAUUAAUCUGAGAAGCUAGGACAAGCUUUUGGUGAUCGACAUUCAAUUUGAUCGAAUUAACGUGUGCAAUGUUAACAGAUACAGUUCUAUACUUCUUUAUCUUAUUUCUAUUUGUUGAGGAA